CCUAACCCUGCUACAGGAGCCUUCCCUGAUCCUUCUUAAAGACAGAGGGCAGAAUUUGGAUGAAGGACCUGGUCGAACCGCACCAGACUUCACACAGUGGCACCAGACUUCAUAUACCUUUACCUGUCUGUCGCUGUAGAGACGUCGAAGGGCAAAUGAGAACAUGCUGCGGAUCCUGGUGUUGGUGAUUUCUCUGAGUGUGAGCAGUGACCUAGUAGCUGGUCAGAGAGAUGGGGAAAUCAUUAAUCAGAUCAAGGGAACGAAUCAAGCUCUGGCUGAGAUUAAAGAACUGCUGAAGCAACAGAUCCAAGAGCUUGUUUUCCUGAAGAACACAGUGAUGGAGUGUAAAGCCUGUAGCAUGCGAGGUCCCCCUCGCACAUCCUGUGACCCUAACCCCUGCCACCCGGGGGUAAAGUGCAUUGAGACCGCCGGGGGCAUCAAGUGUGGCCCCUGCCCUGAAGGCAUGGUGGGCAAUGGUACCCACUGCACUAAUGUGGAUGAGUGUGUUGUGAAGCCCUGCCACAUGGGUGUGCGCUGCAUCAACACCUCUCCAGGGUUCCGCUGUGGCCCCUGUCCCACUGGCUACACUGGCCCCCAGGUGAAGGGUGUAGGCCUCUCCUACGCCACUAAAAACAAACAGGUCUGUAAGGACAUCAAUGAAUGCGAAGGACCCAAGAAUGGCGGUUGUGUGGAAAAUUCCAACUGUGUGAACACACCUGGCUCGUUUAAGUGUGGCCCUUGUAAGGCAGGCUAUGUUGGGGAUCAGCUCAAGGGCUGUAAGCCUGAGAGAGCGUGUGGUAAUGGCCAGCCCAACCCCUGCCAUGCCAGCGGAGAGUGCAUUGUCCAACGAGAUCGGAAAAUUGUGUGUCAGUGUGGGGUGGGAUGGGCUGGCAAUGGCUACUUCUGCGGCUCUGAUAUUGACAUUGAUGGCUUCCCUGAUGAGAAACUGGAAUGCACCGAGAGGAACUGUGCCAAGGAUAACUGUCUAACAGUACCCAACUCUGGCCAAGAGGAUGCAGACAAGGAUGGCAAAGGAGAUGCCUGUGAUGAGGAUGCAGAUGGGGAUGGAAUCCUAAAUACACAGGACAACUGUGUGCUGGUACCAAAUGUCAACCAAAGAAAUGUGGACGAAGAUGACUUUGGAGACGCCUGCGACAACUGCCGUAUGAUCAAAAACAAUGACCAGAAAGACACUGAUGUUGAUAGACUGGGUGAUGAAUGUGACGAAGACAUUGAUGGCGACAGAAUCCCCAAUAAUCUGGACAACUGCAAAAGGGUUCCCAAUGCUAACCAGAAGGAUCGAGAUGGGGACAAAGUCGGAGAUGCUUGUGACAGUUGCCCCUACGUUCAAAACCCUGACCAGUUGGAUAUGGACAACGAUUUGAUUGGAGACCCUUGUGACACCAAUAAGGACAGUGAUGGUGACGGUCACCAGGACUCUCAGGACAACUGCCCUGCAGUCAUCAACAGCUCCCAGCUGGACACGGACAAGGACGGCCUGGGGGACGAGUGUGACGAUGAUGAUGAUGAUGAUGGUAUUCCUGACCUUCUGCCCCCAGGACCGGACAACUGUCGCCUUAUCCCCAACCCUCUGCAGGAGGACUCUGACGGUGAUGGUGUUGGGAACGUGUGUGAGAACGACUUUGACAACGACACCAUCAUUGACAGCAUCGAUGUGUGCCCGGAGAACGCCGAGGUCACUCUCACAGACUUCAGGGCCUACCAGACAGUGGUGCUGGACCCAGAGGGAGACGCACAGAUAGACCCUAACUGGGUGGUGCUCGAUCAGGGAAGAGAGAUCGUCCAAACUAUGAACAGUGACCCUGGACUGGCUGUUGGUUACACAGCUUUCAACGGCGUUGACUUCGAAGGGACUUUCCAUGUGAAUACCGUAACGGACGACGACUAUGCAGGGUUAAUCUUUGGCUACCAGGACUCUUCCUCCUUCUAUGUAGUGAUGUGGAAACAGGUUAAGCAAAUCUAUUGGCAGGCCAAUCCAUUCAGAGCUGUGGCAGAACCAGGGAUCCAACUGAAGGCUGUGAAGUCCAACACGGGACCAGGGGAGAAUCUACGCAACUCCCUGUGGCACACUGGGGACACCAGUGACCAGGUGAAGCUGCUGUGGAAAGACGCCCGCAAUGUGGGCUGGAAGGACAAGACUUCCUACCGCUGGUUCUUGCAACACAGGCCCCAAGAUGGCUACAUAAGGGUGCGUUUCUAUGAGGGUCCUCAGAUAGUGGCAGACACAGGUACCAUCAUAGACACCACCAUGAGAGGAGGCAGACUGGGUGUCUUCUGCUUCUCCCAAGAGAACAUCAUCUGGGCUAACCUACGCUACCGCUGCAAUGAUACAAUCCCUGAGGACUUUGACUCUUACCAAGUCCAACAGGUUCAGCUGCAGUUCUAAUAGAGCAUGCACACACAUCUGCCCAAACGAAGACUGGGAGGACAUUCCAUCUACAACCCCAACAUUCUGGAACGCAUGGCUUCCAGCUGAACAGUGCAUGGUUGCGUUUGUAAUUGCACCCUAUCUCCUAUAUAGUGCCCUACUUUUGAUUAAAGCCUAUAUAGGGCCCAAUUCGGACUUAGGAAAUUACGCCUUUCUUACGCACGCCUUUCCUACACACUUCUCAGUAGUUAGUAUUCAGGCUUUGCAGGAAUGCUUCCCUUGCGUGCGCUGAAUAAAUGUAAUUCAACCGCUGAAAACCCUCCUACUUGCUGGCCAACGUAUUUUCUCGUGGAGUUUUCAUUCAAUAGGGGUUUCAGUACAUUUAUCUUAAGCCAUCCCUUUAAAUAUGGUGUACCUUUGAAUUAGCCUACGUCUUUUUUUUAUAUUGUCAACUGUUACUAAUGAUGGCCAUGACAGCGUUUACAGAGGAAGCAAAUGCAGGUGAACAAAACAAGGUAAUUAAAUGGAAUGAUAAUGUAGGCUGUACCAACUGAAGGGAACUAACAGUAAAUUGGCAGUUGAAUAUGUGUUGUUAUUAAGCUUACUGACGGUCGAUACUGAUAGUGGCUAAUAUUUAACAUGAUAGAAAUAGGAAACAGAAAGUCGAGGUAGCCUAUAAUUAAGACAUUCGAGAGUGCCCAUCUCUGCAAGUUAAAAGGCUGUACAAAUACUUUGGGAAAGUUGAUAUGCUUCCGUUUGCUGCCAUAUGACUGGUUUCACACUUGUCUGCAGCAAUUGGAAGGUAAAUUAUAUCUAAAACAAGUGUAAUUUAUAUUUACAGUUCCCUUAUCCAGACAGAUUACUAAUUUAACUAGCGCUUAUCAAGUUGUAAACUACAGUGCAUUGAGAAUGGUGUUAUUUCUACCGGAAAAAAUAAAGUAGAUGCUUUUUCAA